AUGGUUUUGGAGGAGCAGCGAUACAUCCACGAGGACCUCGAGCGGCUCGAACAGGGCAUCUCUGAACGGAUUGACGAGGAACCGAAACAUAUCCGCGACCGAUUGAAUCGCGACCAUGAAGUUGCCCAGUUGCUGGACCAGAUCUCGGCGCAAUCUUCCAAGCUCCUCGAUUUCUACCGGGAUACCGACGGCCACCUCUCCCGCGAAAUCCAGCAACUCAGCACUGGCGACCCGUUUGAGCAGUUUUACAACCAGCUGAAAGGCGUUCGCGAUCAUCAUGCCAAAUACCCCAACGAACAGGCGGAGAAUUUGGAAGCUCGGUAUCGGGCGACAAAGGCCGGCGAUGCGCCCAUGCCCUACAUUGUCGACUCCCUGUUCUCCGGUGAAGAGGCGUUUGGACGCUUCUUCGAUCUCUACACGUCCCACGAGGCCUAUCUGAACCUGCCCAACGUCAAGCGCUUGACGUACCUACAAUACCUUGAGGUCUUUGACAACUUUGCGCCAGGGUUUGGUGGUCUGAAACGAGGAGACAAACUGACAGAUCAAUACUUCAAAUACGUCGGUGACUUAUCAGCGUACCUUGAAUCCUUCAUGAGACGGAUACGACCUCUGGAAAACCUCGACAAGGUCUUCGCGGGCUUCGAGACGGACUUUGAAGCGGCUUGGGAAAAGGACGAGAUUCCUGGAUGGAAAAACGAGGGUGCCGCAAACAGCACAAACACAACCAGCACCCCUGAUGCGAUAUGGUGCGAAGACUGCGAAAAGGAGUUCAAGAACGAAAACGUCCACAAGGCACACUGA